CGCCCCCUCACCUCCACUUAUUCCUACGCACGCGGGUUCCGCACCUCCGUCGGCCGAACGCGACUGGUUGCUGUCGCAACUGCGGCUCCUCAUCCUCCCGCGUCACCGCCGCCGCCAUGCCGGGAGGUCUGCUUCUCGGGGACAAGGCUCCCAACUUCGAGGCCAAUACCACCGUCGGCCGCAUUCGCUUCCACGACUAUCUGGGAGACUCCUGGGGCAUUCUCUUCUCCCACCCUCGGGACUUUACCCCUGUGUGCACCACGGAGCUUGGCAGAGCUGCAAAGCUGGCACCAGAAUUCGCCAAGAGGAAUGUUAAGCUGAUUGCCCUUUCAAUAGACAGCGUAGAGGACCAUCUUGCCUGGAGCAAGGAUAUCAAUGCUUACAAUGGUGAUGAGCCCACAGAAAAGUUACCUUUUCCCAUCAUCGACGACAAGGAUCGGGACCUUGCUAUCCUGCUGGGCAUGCUGGACCCUGCAGAGAAGGAUGAAAAGGGCAUGCCUGUGACAGCCCGCGUGGUGUUUAUUUUUGGUCCUGAUAAGACACUGAAGCUGUCUAUCCUCUACCCAGCUACCACUGGCAGGAACUUCGAUGAGAUUCUCAGAGUAGUUAUCUCUCUCCAGCUGACAGCGGAAAAGAGGGUUGCCACACCAGUUGAUUGGAAGGAAGGAGGUAGCGUGAUGGUCCUUCCAACCAUUCCCGAAGAGGAAGCCAAAAAACUUUUCCCUAAAGGAGUCUUCACGAAAGAACUCCCGUCUGGCAAGAAGUACCUCCGCUACACACCCCAGCCUUAAGUCUCUCCGAGACGUUGGUGCCAGAGCUGCUCGCGUAGCGCGGUGAGCCAGCGGAUGUCGGCUGCCAAUCAUGUUUUCUUGCAGCAGCUCCCUAAAAACAUCCUGGUGUGAUCGUAGCCAAGGUCUUUAGGUUGCUAUACUACUGGCUUAUUAAAUGAAAAUGGCACUAAAA